GUCAUAGUCAUGGGAGAUGGCUGUGUCAAGGACCCUGGUCUCAACGACGCAUCGCAGGCCGCAGCACAGUCGCCGGCCAUGGCGGCUUUCGAGCGCCUCAAGGGCUGCGAGGCACAGCUGGAGUCGGCCCGGGCUGAGCUGCGCACGACAGAAGAUGCUUUGCAGACUCUUCAGGUUAGUCCAGGGCAAGCUUGGAAUGACCUCGCACAGCUGGAGGCUCGACUUGAUCAGCUCCAGUGCAAGGGAAUCGACUUUGUGUCGACAGAAGGCCUCAGCACAGAGGAUGAAGAAAGUGCUCGGACCAAACGGAGGCAGCUGACGAAGGCUGUGGCCAACCUGCAGGAUCAGGUCGAAGCAGUCUUCGACCGCCUCAAAAGUGCUCGGGGAACUUGA